CAACAGACUGGGUGUUCCCAUUUCGAGGCAAUCGCUCUCCGGACAAUACAAUAAAAAGCACCAGGUUUCCACAAGGAUUCAGUGAGUUCCAUACGCGUGUGGAAGAUGGCCCGCUAUACAGCCGAGAAAUCUCCUCAGGUGGCUCCGGACAGUGAGGAAGAAUUUAGCGGCUCCUCGGAUGAAGAUUACGACUCCGACGACGAACGGCUGCAUUUUGAGGAGAGAAUUGAUCCAACUGAGGAGAAUCCAGCAAAUUGUUCCGAUGAUUCUGAAAGUGAAAAUGAUCAGCCUGUUCGAAAGAAAGCAAGGACAAACAAGAAGGCAAGAUACCAGCAGUCCACUAUGUCGUGGAAAACACAGACUGAAGAUGACACGAUUCCACAGACUCUGCGAUUCCUGCCUGCACGAGAACCUGGACCACAACUGAGAUCUGCUGACUGGCAUUCUCCCAUGAGUCUGUUCAAACAGUUUUUUUCAGAGAGUGCUGUUUCAACUCUGUGCCACAACACCAAUGCUCAGGCUGCCAAGGCAACUGCAAAGGGACACAAAUAUAAAUGGACAGAUGUCGGCAUCACUGAGAUGUACCACUACAUUGGACUUGUAUUUUACAUGGCCAUGGUGAAGUUGCCCUCAAUCCAGGACUACUGGCGACAGAGCAGUAUUUUCACAGUACCUUUUCCAGCUAAGGUUAUGUCAAGGGAGAGAUAUCGGACAAUUUCAUGGAAUGUGCACAUGAGUCACCCUGAUGCAGACAAGGAGAAUGACAAAAAGAGGGGCACAUCUGAACAUGAUCGCCUGUUCAGGGUUAAACCUCUUAUGGACACUCUCCGCCUUGCUUGCAAAACUAUCUAUCAUCCUAGAAGAAAUUUAACAGUGAAUGAGAGAGUGGUGGCAUGCAAAGCACACACAGGAAUCAGAGCCAAGCCAACGACGUUCGGCUUCAAGUUGUUUGUUCUUGCUGAUUCCUCAAAUGGAUACACUGUGGACUUUUCCGUGUACACGGGAAAGAACAACUUUCCCUCAGGACAUGGACUAUCAUAUGAUGCUGUGACAUCUCUUUUGGAUCGUAAAGUUUUAGGCUCAGGGUACCAUGUGUACAUGGACAGUUUCUUCACAAGUCCAAAGCUCCUAAAGGACUUGCUUACCAUGAAGUUUGGUGCAUGUGGGACAUACAGAGACAACAGGAAAGACUGUCCUAGGAAUGCAGAUAAUUCACUAUCUAAAAAGUCUGCAAGGGGAUCCAUCAGGUGGAUUCGGGAUGGGACACUUGUAUUUGUGAAGUGGAUGGACACACGAGAGGUAUCUGUCUGUUCUACCAUCCAUUCUGCUUAUACAGGAGACACUGUGCAGAGGAAGAUGAAGUCACAAGGUACAUGGAGGACAAAGAAAUUUCCAUGUCCUGCUCCUAUGACUGCAUACAACCAGCACAUGGUUGACCUGUCUGACCAGCUGUUACAGUACUACACUGCACAGCACAAAACAAUGAAGUGGUACAGAAAGAUUUUUCUACACUUCUUGGACAUUGCUGCCACCAACACCUUCAUUGUGCAUAAAGAGCUACAUGGUGAUGUGUCCCAUAAGGAGUUCAUGGAACAACUUAUCACAGAGCUUUGUGGUGUCUCACAGAAAGAAGCACCAAAACGGGUCUAUAGUGACCAUGUGCCAGUUCCAAUAGGUGAGUUAAGCUCGGAUGCCAGGAAAGUUGCCAGUGAUGGUCGCAAGAUGUGUGUAGUUUGCAAAACAGUGUAUGACAAGUGGCAAAAAACACCAUGGAAAUGUCAGGCAUGUGAUGUUUACCUGUGUCUUCAGUUAAACAGAAACUGUUUUCAAGAGUGGCACAGAUAUGUGUGACUGUAUAGUAAGAGUGGGCUUUAACAAACAUAACACCCUUAUUUAAAAUUUUGCACUGUUUGCAAACGCAGGUUUAUCUUUAGUUUUUUUUUGUCUGACAGUUUAUAUUCUUAAUAAACUACAAACUAAAUAUAUAAUUUGUCCUUGCAUUCUUUCUUGUGUCACUUUCAUCUCAGUCACAUACGUGCCUGAAAGGCUCAUUAUGUGUGUCUUUGUCUUCUCUGCAGCAUUAUUCAAGAUCAUUUAUGCCUCCUCGCAUUUGGCCUUUCCAAACAAAAAGUGUUUUUGAAAAUGUAAAUCAAUACAUUGUUUUUUUUUUUGUGAAUGAGUGAGCAGGAUGAUUUUCACAUCAUUUUGUAGCAAAAACAUUCUAUUUUUAGAUCCAGUUCACAAAAGUCAAAUGUUUUGAAUGUGUUUUGUUUCCUUAUUUCAGUUACCCAUUUUAUUUUUUAAUGACCUAAUGAGUCCAGUCAACUUCUUGAAUAGAAAUUAAGGCAACUGUUGAUGGAAGUAAAUGUGACAUUGCAUAAGCUUAUUGAAACAAUCAAAUAUCUACCAUUAUCAAAUCAAAAAGUGGUCCAACAAUAUAUUAUGUAUUUUAAUAUGUACUAAAGUCAUG